AUGUGUGACGAACUUCGACCUGCUUCUAAACCACUAUCAACUUCCUGGUGGUCGUCAGAGACCGACGAUGAGGCCCUCGAGAGAUUGGCUCUAGAUAUCUUUUUGACAGAAUUCACAACAAAAGCCGCGGAUCGGCAAGCAUCCAGAGGGUUUCUCGACGGUAUACAGCCGCUACUGAAGAGUGACAACCCGCAAUCUUCACUUGUGUGCUCUGCAAAGACGGUAGCCCUUGCUUCUAUAGGUAUUCGAUUAAAACGAAAGAGUCUCAUUCGCAAGACUGAGAGGCAAUAUGGCGACCUCCUAGGCAAUCUUCACCAAUCGCUAUACGCGGAAACGCGCUGUGUAUCUAUCGAAACUUUAUACACCGCCAUUCUUCUAGGCCUAUACGAGAUUAUUAUUUCUCGCAAUAAAUCACCUAUGCAGUACAUGACACACGUCAAAGGUGUUUGUGCAAUUCUUCUAAGUCCGAGAUCUCCAUUUCGGCUUGAAUACGGCAGAAUCAUGUUUCAGCCAAGCAGCCUUCUAAUGAGUGAAGACGAUAUUGUCGCCUAUUGGCCGUUGGAUGACAGCUAUGUACAGAAUCUCAAUGCUACGCUACACAAGUUUCAAGACUUCUCUCAUCGAGCCGAAUUGUAUCUAAUGAAAGAAACCGCCCACAUGGAAGAAUCCAAACUGCUACAACGGGAAGCACUUGUUCUCGACGAGGAAUUUUCACAUUGGGGCGAGUCUAUUACUGAUCAUCCAUCGUAUGCGCGAGUGACUGUUGCUUCACUUGAUGAAUCAGCCGCAGCUCAAUCUGGAUGCGAUUACUGCCACUCGGGCCCGGUAGACACAUACUCUGAUCAUUAUAUCGCAGCAAUAUGGAAUACCUACCGUAAAUCGCACAUUGUCCUUCUCGAUAUAAUGGCACACUUGGAAAGACACAUCUCCAAAGAAGAAACUUCAUUGAAGCUUCAAGGGCGAGUCGAGAAGUUUGUAGCGGAUAUCAUUGCAUCCAUUCCUUACCAUCUUGCUUACGAUGUUGAUGAGUAUUUGAAGUGUAUACAUUCUCAAAGGUCAGAUAUCGCUCCUAAUCGGUCAUUCAGCUAUACUUACUACGCUGUCUAUCAUGGAUAG